AUGACUAACAACGCGAACGUUUCUCUGCCCAGUAUUCACGAGUUGUUCCCAGAGCAUAUGCUACACGUCUCACCUGAAGUUCACAUGCAAUACAAUGCACCUCCAACGCUCGUUCCGUCUCACCCAUACUUACCUCCUCAACCACCACCCAAACCCAUGCCUAGGAAGACCAGUCCUUAUACUGGGCCCUCCCUCUCGCUUCCUCACGUACAGUCAUCAGACGAAGACGAUGAGGAGAGCAAAAAGCAUAUCUGCACAGUUUGCAACAAACGGUUCUUACGACCCAGUAGCUUGAAUGUUCAUAUCAACACCCAUACCGGCGCUACGCGUAAGUCUAUCAGCCUCUCAUAA